AUGUCUUUUUUCUGCACGGUAUUAGUUCGUAGACCUCCAAAGUUAUUAUUCCCUAUUAGAGUUUCUUUUUUGCACAAUGAUAUUGAAAAUACUAAAAUUGAUGGAGAACCAGAUUUGUUUGAAAAUGAAUUUUGGAAUAAUCGUAUCUCCACAACUCCUUUUCAAAAGAAUCUGUUAAGCUUGGGAAGUGCAGUGGCUUCUUUAGUCGAUCCACACAGACAUGACAUGAUAGCAUGCUUAGGUGAAGUUUCUGGACAAAAGGCUUUAUCAAACAUUUAUGACAAAAUGAGGAAUUGUUCAGAAGGCAAUGCAGUUCUUAAAGAUAGGCCACGAAUUAAUUCGAAAACAGUAGAUCUGAAGGCUUUAAAAAAUUUACCUGCCAAUACAUUUGGUCAAAUAUAUUAUAAAUUUUUAGAAGAUAAUAAAGUGACACCUGAUUCAAGAUUAACUGUUCAGUUUUUAGAUGAUGUUGAAUUAGGAUAUGUUAUGCAAAGAUAUAGGGAAUGCCAUGAUCUUUAUCAUGCUGUACUUGGAAUGCCAACACAUAUGCUGGGUGAAGUAACAGUAAAAUGGAUAGAAGCUUUAAAUAACGAAUUACCCAUGUGUAUAGGUGGAGCACUUUUUGGUGCUUUGAGAUUACGUCCCAAACAGAGAAUGAUGUACAAAAACUAUUACUUGCCAUGGGCAAUAAAAGUUGGCCAAGCGAUGCCACCUCUUAUGUGUAUAUAUUGGGAAAAACGAUGGGAUCAGCCAAUUGAUGAUUUAAGAAGAGAGUUAAAUAUAGAAAUGUUAAAACUUCCUAAAUAA